GGAGUGCAAGAAACAAAUUCACACCCAACUGCACCUUCUGAAAUCAAAGCAAGAGGAGCUUCAAUCUUCCGUGAAGGACAGAGAAGACAGACUCAAGGACCACACUGAGAGGACAGAAGCUGCAAAGCAGGAGAUUGUGAGGACAUAUAGGAAGAUGCAUGAGUUCCUGGAGAAGCAGGAAUCCUCUCUUCUGGCCCAGCUGGAGCAGCUGGACACAGAGAUAAGGAAAGCCCAUGAAGAAAUCCUCCAGAGGCUUUUGGAGGAGACAACGAGGCUGGGCACGCUGAUUGGGGAGAUGGAGAGGACGUACCAGCAGCCAGACUGGCAGCUCCUGAAGGACAUCAGAACCACCUUGAGCAGGGGCCAGAGGGAAACGCUCUCCCACUCACUCCAGAUUUCCCCUCAGCUGGAAAAGAAAUUCUCUGAUUUCACCAAGAAGAACCCAGACAUCAAGGAAAUUCUGGAGAAAUUCCGAGAUUUCCUGGAGUUUGAGGUUCCUUUGACAACUCAGAUGACGCUGGACCCAGAGACGGCCAACACCAGGCUUUAUCUGUCGAAAAACUGCAAGCUCAUGCGGUGGGAUAUCUGUGAGCAGGACCUGCCCUCCAACCCAAAAAGGUUCAAAUUCAAGCCCUGUGUGCUGGGCUCGAGGGGCUUCACAUCGGGGUGGCACCGCUGGGAAGUGGAGGUCCACGGACAAGGCAGAUGGGCCAUUGGCGUGGCCAUUGAGUCGGUUCCGAGGAACCUUUUGUAUUUCCUGAAGCCCAAUGAGGGGAUAUGGGCUCUGUGGCAUCUCCUAAAUGACUACAAG